AUGAACCUUCGUGACAAGGGAGAAGGGCACGCACCGCCUGGUUUCCCUUCACCCCAUCCACUGAAGGUACCCCUGUUGGAAGAAAAAGCUGAACGAAAAUUGGUCAGGGUCAAACGCCGUCGAACGCGACGGGAACGCAACUACAUCAAAUUUGGCAGGAAGGCUACGGGCAAAAUUCCAGAACAGAAACCCAACCGCCAGGGCCUGAAAAAGAUGCUGGCCCCUUUCUGGAGCUCCCAGCUUAGCAACUGUGCUAAAUCAACCCCCAUCAAAGGGAGCCAUCUUGCCAAAUCCGUGGUCAUAACCCAGAACAGAUUGACACAGCACCUGGGCAUCUUUAACAGAGAGGUGAAAUCCGCCGAUAUUGAGAGAUUAUUGAGUCCCAAGGCUGAGCAUGAUACCCUGGAUGUAACUCCAAUCCAGAAAGCCAGCGGAGGGCUGUUGGGAGAAGAGAUACAAUCCUGUAGCUCUCUUGAUACAAACCAGAAAUCUAUUCCCGGAGAGCAAUGUGAAGGCACUUUAAAGGAAUUGAACCCAGGGCACGAGGAUGCUCAUUUGACGGUAACGCCAGCCGCCCCUGCAUCAAUCAGAGAGCACCAUCCUGUAGCUGUUGUGCAGGAAGUGGAUGCAGGCUACAAACCCUCAUUGGCAUCUCGUGCCGCGACCUUCGAUCAACAGGCUGCAGAGGAGGAGGAUUUCCAAAGCAGCACAACAGCGGCUGCAAACGACAAGGAAAACGUGCCUCCACCUCCCGCAGAAGGCGCUGAGCUGAGGAAACGCACCCAUCUGGCAAAGGAACUCGCUCAGGACUUAGAAAAACUGCUAGAUCUCAAGGCAAUAUUCCCUGGGCGUGAUUUAAUUGGGGAAAUGCGGCAGGCGGUUAUCAACGCCGUACUGCAGCAAAAGAAAACCGUGCCCGAUUGGUCUGCUUUGACGCUGCUCAGGAAAAAAGCAGGUAGUUGUAACAUGGACGCAGAUGUCAAGAGCCCAGAUAACAGAGGCCAGAAAAAAAUGCUUUUGGAACAGAAAUCUAGCAACUGCAACAGCAGGAACUCUGAGCAGAGCGUUUCUCUCAAAAACCAAAAAGAGCGAGAACAAAAUUUCCUUACCUGUUUCUCUCACGAUCCUACGCAAAGAGCGGCAGAUGACAGACUAUGCCAAAGAGAAGAUUUUGAGCUGUUCGCUGCGUCCGAAGUACGCAACCCACACAGCUUCUUCUUAACGGCAGCUCAGCCUCACUCCCUCCUGUCCACAUCUUCCGAGAGUGCGAAUUCAGCCAAGAGCUCCUUCGCUCUUCCAGAGGAACAACGUUCUCCGCCAGCGGUCAGAACUGCUCGGCCCUGGGAGCAAAGCCUGGGGGAAUCCAGAGGCAGGCAGGAGAGGUCCGAAGGCAAGAAGAAAAAAUGGCCCCUGAAAAAAAUGGCUACCUCCAAAAGGCCUCAUCCACUUCGCCAACCGCUUGCCACCCGGGAUUCCUUUGGAUCAGCUGGUCUUGGCAGAAGCCCCAGCAGCUUCCUUUGGGCCGAUCCGCAGCCAUAUCCUUUCGCCUACAAACUAAGCCCAGAUCGGUGGACUUUACGGGAAGCGGAGUCCAUCCCAGUGUACAACUUGCAUCCUUCACAGGAGCUGCACAAUUCUCACCUUCUAGAUUUAGGACUCGCGACCGUAGAAAAAGCUGCCCCGGAGCCCCAGACUUCUUUUGACGUCUUAAAAAGUAUCUGGAGUCCUAAACUGCCCAGUAAGGAAGCCAGAUUCCCAAUCUCCCAAGCUUUGGCCUGUUCUUCUUCCUUGGCUCACUUGCCACUGCCUUCCCGAGAGCUGAACUCAGAACAAGGGCAGCCGAAGGAAUUUUUCCAGCUCAACGUCAUCACCCAACAGCCUCAUUCCUUUUACAGGCAGUGUUUUCAGCCAGAAAUCUCUUCACCCAACAGGCCCCCUCAGCUGAAGAACGGACUCUCCGCGCGAGGAAAACCUAGGCUCUAUUACCAGAAGGUCUCUGCCGAGCAGGGGAAAACCUCACACAAUUACCAGUUCUGGGGGUUGGCAGAGGCCUCUGAGAAAAUGCCGAGUUCUAGAGAAAAAAGAGCUCCCAGACCCGGGAGCCAGAUGUGUAGUCUGGAGAGGCUGCUUCAUUUGGGAAGCGCACAACAGCUGCAAGUUUUACAGCAACUGCCCAUGUCUUAUUUCCCCCCUUCUGAAGCUUUAGACAAGGGGAAAUCUCCUCUCUGCACUUUACAGGGCCACCUGUGGGGCCAAGCCAGCCCUGAACCCUGGGCCUUCCCGAGAAUGAAGUUGUACUGA